AUGAACUACUACUGGAUUAAAAACUCACAAAGUUUAACUAAAGGCAUAUUAGUAAUUAAUCAGUUGGAAGAAGCAAAGUUUGAGCAAUUUCUAUGUAGGAUUGUAACAAAGUUAAAGAUACAAGACACAGAAUUUUUUACAGAAGAAGAGAGACGAAAGCUUGAAAAAAUCUUCAAAAUAAAUGAUGAAAACCUACUGCUUGCAAUAAAAACUAUUCUAUAUUUGUUUAAAAAAAUGUUGAAAUUCAUUUUCAUGCCAGCCAAUUUAAAAUUAGAUUUGAAGGAUCUUGGAUUACAUAGUGAGAAAGCAGAAAUCUUUGUUAAAGUGUGGUCUUCUGAAACAAGGACCGUAUUAAACGAGCUUGGUACUACAACAAUAAAUGACUCUAUGGAUUCUCUAAGUUUUCCAUGGAAAUUAAAUGCAGAACUAAGCUCUGAAUACCAUAAGAAGUGCAAAGUGCCUAAAACAUACAUAACUUUUGCAUCAGAAAAAGAAGAACUUGAAUUAGAACUAAAUCAUCCUGAAAUCUAUUCUGUAUUUCUUCAGUUUGAGGCCAUUCAAAAUGAAUUGGAUAAUUUAAUGUAA